AGGAUACUCUGCUGAGCCACUAUGAAGUUAAUUAUCAUCACACUGGUCUUGUACGUCUUCACAGGCCAUCCGACUUUUGCCCAAACGGAUAAACGGGUCUCCAAGUUGGAGCAGUUAAAGCACGACCUCACUAAACUCCUGGGAAAGGUCAGCGAGAAAGCAUGGGAUAAAUUGAACUUUGUCAGAAGAUCGAGGCUCGGACAAGAACUGAGAAUCUUGUUUCGUGAUGAUGUUGCAAAACUGCGCAAGUAUGUCCAGGACCUGCAGGCUGAGCUGCCCCCCGAAAUCACACAAGCCUACCAUGUGGCAGUUCAGUUGUCUGGGCACGCCCUGGUGGGCGCCAGCUGUAACCUAGCUGUAUUACGGUCUGCCACAGAAGAGCUCUACGAGGGGCUGGAAUCUCUAGUGACUUUCUACGCCAGCCCCGUCGCGGAGAAGUUGAGACCGCACACACAGGUCCUGAGAAAUAUGGUCGUCCCCAAGGUGCAGGAGCUGGAGGAGAAGCUGAAGCAGCAAGUGGAAGAAAAGGGGCCUGAGCUGAUCCCUUACGCGCGGAAGCUUCACCGCCAGUUGCACGAAUACCAGAGGUCCCUAGAGCCUUAUGCCAACCAGGCCCAGGAGAAGAUCAAGCUGGGCAUAGAGACAUUCAGCCAGACCAUGCAGCGCUACGUCACCCCACUUAUGGAGGCAAUCAAAAAACGCAUCACAGACUCUUAAGAGGUGGGGCUGACAUACCCCCAGUGCUUUCCCCAGAUCUCUGAAGCUUCUCAUAAGCAAUGGAGGGUGGAACCUUGGCCAAACUCUUUGAAACAGAAAGGGUCAAAAAAAGGGAAGCGACUGGAUUGAGUGUUCUCAGCAAUUUGGGGUGGGGAGCAGAGGCUGCUGGUGAUAUCUUCCCUCCCCCACACCAUGUAAUAAAGGAGCUGUCCCUAAUGAUGCUGGUUUAGGGCUGUGUUUAUGUAGUAAUGUUUUCUGAAAAUAAUCUUAUUGCAUUUGUAUACAAAAAUAUAAAUGGAGAAAAUGUCGUUACUUGUUAUAAUAUAAAAUCAGUACAUAUUGUAAUAUAAUCAGGCUCAGC